AAAUCCCGUUGUCAGGCGAACUGUCGCUCUGUCACGUAUGCUUUGUUUACACAGCUCUUCCGUGAUUCCGCACAGACAUGUAGACCGCAGACCCCGUCGCAGAAAUGGUUCACGUCUAUAACUGCCACCCGUUCGCGUCUCAGCACAUCGUCGCGGCGGAGCAGGAGCCCGGGCUGGUGUGCUGCAGCGGCGGGGCGCUGUUCGUCGUGAGCGCCGGAGGCUGCAAGAUCGAGGCGUAUAACCUGCAGCAGGAGGGAUGUCCGCUCAUAUGCCGCUUCAGCAGCAUGGGCUCCGUGCUCAGCAUCCGACACAGCGCCGUGGGGGACUACCUAGUGACCAUUGAGGAGAAGAACAAGGCCACAUAUCUCAGGGCCUACACUAACUGGAGGUACCAGGCUGCAGAGAAGACGCGUGUUGGGGUGCGUCUGUUGGGUCACCUCCUGCGGGGCUCGUCCUUCCGUGGAACUCCUAAAGAGCAGAUGGAGAUCAUUGAAAUCCCUCUAUUUGAGCCGCCGCUGUGUAUGGCAUGCUGCAGUAUUACUGGUGAUCUUCUAGUUGGCUGUGCCAAGAGUCUGGUGGUCUUCAGUCUGAAGCGACAGACGCUGAGCGAGCAGCUCUCUGUGCUGGACUUUGAGAGGGUCCUUAUUCUUCAUAUCCAGGGCUGGAGUCCGUCUCAGGUGGCCUUCUGUGCUGGAUACGUAGCCCUUCAGACGGAUCUGGAGAUCCUGGUGGUAAAACUCACCCCGCGGCAGAAGAGCAGCCAGGCUGCAGAUGAACACGCACUGCUACCUGAAGAUAUCAUGACUGAAACCAGCUUAGAUGAAGAUGCAGAGAUGACAAAAGAUGGAUUCAGCCCGCUUCACGAGCAAGAGGACUUCUUUCUGUUCCCAAAGCAUCAGGAGAUGUUGGGUAAUGACGCCCAGGAGUGCGGCAUCUCUUUAGUCCUGGAGUGGACUGGUAUGGAGGCAGAUAGCCGAGGGGACAUGAGUGUAGUUUACGUCUUAUUCAGGAGGUUUGCGCCUGAUUUCUUUCAAGGUUGCAGCGUUGAGGAGACACACUUGCAUUCCCUGCAGCUCCGCCCUAUGUUUAGUGGUAAACAGGAAGAAGCCUCCAUCUCCAAACGUGGGGAACCUACGUGUAUGUUUGUUUUCUUCUCCUUGCCGAACACCGGCUACAUGUACAGCUUGAAGAACACAGUGGAGCUCAUGUCCACGUAUCAGUACCCAGAAAAGGCCCAUCAGGCUGUGCUGAGUGACCAGUUCCUCUACGUCAUCACCAGGAAUGCUCUCCAGUGUUUCACUGUCAGAUGCAGUGCGGUAGCGGCUCGGGUCGAUGACCCAUACAUCGACACCACCAUGAAGGCCUGUCCUCCCAUCACAAUGGAGGUGUGCGCUUUGAGGAUCCAGCUCUUCAUUGGACUGAAGAUUAUCUGUCAGGACGGAAAUCAUAUCGUUCUCCUCACGGCAGCAGAUGUGGACAGCAAAGAGGACACUGAGAGACCAGCCCGCAAAAACACAUCCAGGAAGACGUCUGUCUGCAAAGCCACAGAGCCGGCUGACAGCGGUCACGGCUGGAACCUCUACGUGAUCAGCUCUGUGUCCACACUGCAGCUCUACAGAGAAAUAGUGGAAUACAGUAAGCGAUACGAGCAGUCGUUGUCUCAUAGUUGCAUUCACCUGCUGAGUGAGGGUCACCUGCUCCUGCGGACGGCACUGCUCAGCCUGCAGGACUGCGAUUCUGCCGAGAGAGCGCAGCUGCAGGAGGCCUUUCAGGAGAGCUGUGCUCAUUUAGGAGACUGCUUCAGCAGGUUUGAUAAGAAGGACUGUCAUUUGGCUCUUCCAUACUAUAAGAUGUCAGGCCUCACUGUGACGGAUGUUAUCAAGAGGAAUAUGUCCAUGAGCGGCAUCUCAAACGGUUACGGCAAAGGGUUUAUCUUCUUCCUGAAGCAUUCGAUCUAUGAGGAAACCAUGGAGGAGCUUAGCAAGGACAUGGCUGAUAAAGUCCUGGACAUCUUUAGUGUGGCUGAGCCUGCUCAGCUUCCUCAUGUCGUGAGCAGUCCGUCCAUGCUGAACGCUGAUCCUGACAGUGCCAUGACCCACCUGAAACAGCUAGAAGACUCCGCCCCGUCCAUCACUCUGUCCCUGUGUACAGCCUCCCUGGCCCUGCGGAAGGGUGACCUGAACAGCUACAGGCAGCAGAUGGACCGCCACGCAGAGAUGCUGCAAGUGUACGGCUUCAUAGAAGAGCCCAAACUGCUGCUGCACGGCAGAGGGAAGGCCGUGCUGCCCACCAUACUGGCUCAGCACUUGCGUGACACACAGGAGGGUCUGCUGGUGGCGGCGGUCGUAGCGCUGCAUGAGAACAGCAAGAUCAGACUGGAGGAGGCCGAUGUCUUCUUCCAGGAGCUGUGUAAGGAUGGUGUGGAGGUUGACAGCAGUCCCCAGUUACUGGUGGAUUUCUGGGAGGCUCUGUUAGUAGCGUCCUCUCAUGAAUCCAUCAUACAAGAGCUGCUGUUUCGUCUCACAUCUGUCUACAUCGACCGUAUCACACGCAGAGAUCAUUCCGGCAUCAGAGCCCUUAAAACGGCAGAGGAUCUGAUAAACUCCUGCUCUCAUUAUGGGAUGUUGUAUCCUUGGGUGAGCAUCCUGACACCUGUCCAGUUCAACAUCAACCAUGACCACCAGGAGGACCUGCACAAACUUCAGUCACUGCUGUGCGGCCCAACGUUGGAGGUCUCGUCCAUCCUGCCUCUGCUGGAGCAGCUGUCCGAAUCUGACAACACCGGACUCAGCGUGCACGUGCUCUGCGCCACCAAACUAGGCCAACACGAGAGAUCCAUCGUCAGACUUCUAGACCGAUGUCCGCAAGCCAUCAUCUCCUACGCCAACAAUGAGCUACAGAAUGACAAACUGUCUCUGUGGUGGCAGAAGCUUUUCCCUGAGGUCUGUGACAGGAUAAGGAAAACAGGAAAUGACACUGUUCUUCUCUCAGCACUCAAAGAAACUUUGGUUGUGGCGUCCAAGGAGUUGAACCCACUGGAGUUCCUGGACUUGUUGCCGGAUGAUGGAACGGCUCAUUUCUUCCUGCCACAUCUACUUGAAUGCAGCCAAUGAAAUCUCACAACAUUUAGCAUUUAUUUGAGACAAUCAGUCAAUCAACACUAAACCUGUUUAAAGACAAAUUCUGGAUCUACAGUCUUCCUGCUGCUUUGAAUGCUGAUAGCCAAAAAAUAGCUUGUUCAUCUCAUUAUUCAUGUGUGACUGCUGUUAACAUGAUCAGAUAGGAGGUACGUUACAAUCAUUCAUAUAUUCAGGAAUAUUAUAAGUUUACUUUAAAAACAAGGACUCUUCUUGUUAUCAGAACAAAUAUAGACUACAGUAUCUCUCUUUUUUAUUAUUAUUGUUAGGCUUGUAUUGUUUUUGUUUGAAUGUUUGUCAGAUAUGUGUGUGCACAUUAUCCAUGCAGCUGUCAUCUCAUUUCAUCUCAGAAUGAACAUUAUAAAGUGUCCUUUUUAGUUUUUGUAUUAAAUUAUAUUCAAAUACAGAAUCUUGUGUGCAGCUCAUUUUGUAAACAUUCUUGUCUGUUUUACUUUUCUAUUUAUAUUUUAAAGCUACUGUAACAAAAUUCAUGUCUUUUACUACUUUCUUACAAAAUCAACCCUAUUUAAUGUCUUCUUUCUUGAUCUU